UCUCAACAUUCUUUAAUCAAUUUCACAUUGAUAGCGACGAAUAUAAUCAUCACAAAACUGCAUAUAGCAGAGAAAUAUUAAUCAUUGUGGAGUUAGCGAGCAUACAACAAGCAUAGACAUGGGUUUAUAUAAUUUCCUGCUGAAAAGUUCGAUCAGCAUCGUCCUACUCUUGAUAUUCCAACGAUUCGGAACAAUUACCGGUUUGGAAGUGAAAUGUGUGUCGCAUGAAACCGACUCGUGUGAGGUGUUGGAUCCGAUCAACGGCAACGAUGCAUCGCUAACGGUAAUCACCGCACCAAAUCAGGAUGAUAGGACCAUCCAUUAUGUCCAUCUAUUGAACGUAUCGGACGCCAUUCCGAGAAUAUUUUUCCAACGUUUUCCUGGUAUUUACCAUGCUCAAAUCAAGCCCGGUGUUACGGCGAUUUCGCCAAGUGAUUUCACCGAUGCGAAAAGCUUAGGUUAUCUGAAUUUGAAGGAAAAUCGUUUGGAAAUUGUACCGAAAGAAGUAUUCGGUGGUGCUGUUGUUUUGGUAGCGGUCCACCUGGACUCGAAUGGUAUCCGUGACAUUGAAGAUUAUGCCUUCGACGGUGCAACCAAACUGGCCAACAUUUCACUUAACAAAAAUAAGUUGACAAUAAUACGAACAUCAACUUUCGCUGGUGCGACCAGUUUGGAAAUACUCGAAUUGAAUGAAAAUCAAAUCGAAGUAGUAGAAGAGGGAGCUUUUGAUAGUAAAACUUUAAAGGAACUGUUCUUCGAAACGAAUCGAGUGAAACAACUGCCUGACAAUAUAUUUGCCAACACUCCCAACUUGGACAUUGCUUACUUCGGUUCGAAUAGAAUGACCGAAAUCGGCAGAGCCUUUUACAAUAUAAAACAGUUGGGCUACGUAGACUUUGCUCAUAACCGAUUGAAAGACGUCGAUCUCUACGACUUUGUGAAAGCCAAUCCGCACCUGAAAUCUAUUUAUAUGGAAGACACAUAUUUCGACUUCAAAAAUCAAGCAAAACCGGGCGAAGCAUUUCCUAAUAAAUUGGGCAACUUGUACCUCACCAAUAACAACAUUUCAAUUUCCAAUUUUCUGGAUCACUUGGAAGCCUUCAAAGAUCUUCAGUGCAUAGACAUUGCAUUCAACAAUAUCACUCAAAUUAAUGGCAUUGAGACCAUUGGACAGAGAUUUCCAAAGCUUAAACGGAUUCUGUAUCCCGGCAAUCCGUUGAGCUGUGCAUGGAUAGAAUCAACGUCGUUCGAUAGAACAAUGUUUUAUGUUCCUGCAUAUCAUGAGUCUGACUUCAAUGCUUCAGACUAUUCGGUGGUCGAUGGAAUUUAUUGUAAGUAAAUUCCAUUUCUGAUGUAGAAUGUCAUUGCAUUCGUGAAUCUCCACUAAUAAAAUUAAUUAUUAAUUAUUUUUUCUGUGUUUGUGUGGGAAAAAGUUUGGUAAUAUACAACUUGCUUGGUCUUCUGGAAGUAUUUUAUUAUUGUUAUUCGGGUUUCAAAACCCUUAAAUACACAAUCUUACACUGACUGCGAAAUCGCACCUUGUCAGCACCUUGUCAGUUUGCUGUCUACUGAAAUGUAUGGAAUUUAUGAAAUUUUUAUUUUUUUUGGUUGGUACCAUUUGCUAUGCAGUAAGUGAAUAUUAGCGCGAAUACUUUGAAUAUGUAGUUUCAAUUUGAUUUAUAAAAAAAUUAAAACAAUAUUUACCCAUGCCGUAGAAGUACUUUUGUCUUAUAAAAUCAUAAUUUAUCGAAAUAAAAUAAAAAGUCCUGAA